AUGGCCAAAAUCAAGAAGAAGGGAACCUCUGGCCAGGCCAAAAACUAUAUCACCAGAACCCAGGCGGUGCGCAAACUCCAGAUUUCGCUGCCAGACUUCCGUCGACUAUGCAUCUUCAAAGGGAUCUACCCCCGUGAGCCUCGGAGCAAGAAGAAGGCCUCUAAGUCCGCUACUCAAAACACGACCUUCUACUACACAAAGGAUAUCCAAUACCUUCUGCAUGAGCCAUUGCUCCGCAAGUUCCGUGAACAGAAGGCGCUUGCGAAAAAGAUUGCUCGAUCCCUCGGUCGUGGAGAAGUCGGCGAUGCGGCCCGCUUGGAGAAGAACCAUGCGCCGAAAUUGUCUCUGGACCAUGUCAUCAAGGAGCGCUACCCGACCUUUAUCGAUGCCCUCAGAGAUCUCGACGAUGCGCUGUCUCUUCUUUUCCUCUUCGCGAACCUGCCGUCUACCAACCAUGUCCCGCCCAAGACUAUCGCAUUGUGCCAACGGGUCACUCACGAAUUCCAACACUACCUGAUCACAACCAACUCUCUGCGCAAGUCUUUCCUCUCGAUCAAGGGUAUCUACUACCAGGCGACAAUUCAAGGCCAGGAUAUCAUGUGGCUGGUUCCUUACCGGUUCGUGCAGCGAGUCAAUGGUGAUGUCGAUUAUCGAAUUAUGGCUACGUUUGUAGAGUUCUACACCACCCUUCUUGGAUUUGUCAACUACCGCCUGUACUCCUCGCUCGGUCUCCGAUACCCCCCAAAGUUCGACACUCGCCUGGACGAGAAUGGAGCAGAAUUGGCAGCUUUCACGCUGGAAGGGCGCACAGUCGGAGAUGCCCCGAAGGCCAUCGAAGCCGCGAACAAGCCCUCGGGCGAUGCCGCCAACAAAGAAGUCUCCGCUAAGAUUCAAAAGAAGGUCGACAAGGUUAUCAAGAAGGCCGGUUUGGAUCAGGUUAGCGAUGAACAGCCCACUGAAACAGCGGAGGAGGUUACAGACGAAAUCGACAAGUUCGAGACGACGGCGCCCGAGGCCGACACCCUCCCUCAGCCUGACUUGAGCGGCGACCAGGCUGGCUCGCUCUUCGCCCCAUUCACCUUCUACAUUUCCCGAGAAGCCCCCAAGGCCCCUCUUGAAUUCAUCCUCCGUUCCUUCGGCUGCAAGCGUAUUGGAUGGGACACUGUUCUCGGAGGCGGUGCUUUCACUCACAACGAGGCCGAUCCCCGCAUCACACACCAGAUCGUGGAUCGCCCGUCUCUUCCUGAGUCCUCUCUUCCCGCUAUCCCCAAUGCUGCGGAUGGCGAAGGUGCCGUGCAGACUGUGAAGCCCGGCACUCGGGUUCCUGGCCGAACCUACAUCCAGCCUCAGUGGAUCUGGGAUUCCAUUAACGAGGGCAAGCUUCUCCGCCCCGAUCUGUAUGCGCCAGGCGCCACUCUCCCUCCCCAUCUUAGCCCAUGGGUCAAGUCCAAGAAGGGCGGCUACGAUCCUCGCGCCAGCUUGGCCGAGCAGGAAGAAGAAGGCGAAGCCGAUCUAGAUGAGGAGGAGGAGAGCGACGAAGAGAUGGAGGAAGCUGGCGAGGAUAAGCCGGCCGCCGCCGUGACCAAGGAGUCCGAGUCCGAGGACGAAUCCGUUGACGGUGGUAUGGACGUUGCCGUCACCGACGACGAGGAGGAUGAGAGCGAGGAGGAAGAGGAAGAAGAGGAUGAGUUCGCGGGCAUCGAAGACGCCGAUGCCGGCUCUGAGUCAGAGGACGAGGAAGAGACCGCCCGCACUCAGCACCAGAAGGAACUCGAGGCCGAAGCCGCCGGUCUUCCGUUCACCUCCAAUGGUGCUGCCGACGAGUCAGCAGCCAAGAAGAAGCAGGCUAAGAAGCGCGCUUCCAAGAAGCGCGAGGAGGAAGAGGAGCUCGAACGACAGAAGAUGAUGAUGAGCAGGAAGAAGCGCAAGCUGCUGGAGAAGAUGAUGUACUCGAACAAGAAGACCGCGGAUGAGGCUGCCAAGCUGCGCUCCAAGCGAAGAAAGGUUGAGAAGGGUGCCGGAAAAUAA